AUGGUACGUCAGAUAAAUAAGCUGAAAUGUAGACGAGCAUUAAAAAAGAUCAGUGCAAAGAAUAGUGGCUAUGCUAAUUUGAAUAUUUUCAGGCCCGCCGGUCGGCAACCAACAAACUUUUCUGAAUGGCAAUUAUUAGCUGUGUUACAUAGAGCAAAUUUGUUACAGUAUUACGACGACUUUAUUGCACAAGGAGGAGACGAUAUAAAUCAGUUUAUGACGUGUGAUGAACAUGAAUUUCUAGAAAUAAUGUCUGUUGUGGGGAUGGCUUCUAAGCCGUUACAUGUCCGAAGAUUUCAACGAACUUUAACUGAGUUUAGUAAAGAUCCUGAUGCAUUCAAUCUGUUGGCGAUACAGCAAAUUGGUGUACCACCAAUGGGCCCCUAUACUGUAUCGUCGCCGUCUACGGCAGCAUUGAAUCCGGCAACUGCAUUACAGUUUCUGAUGUCCACGUCUGGACUGGGCCUGGCAGUUGCUGCAUCCCUACCAAAUACUAGCCCAUCAACAUCAGUUAGUUCAUCCUUUUUUUGUACUGACUUUAUUUGGCUGCAAACGUUGAAAAAAAUCCUAACAACAGAAUCUGUUCUCGAAGCUUUAACAACAUCAGUAACGUCAACGUCAGUUGGAGCAACUGCAAAUGUUCUCGCCGGCGAUUAUUUGACAAGUCUUGUUGGCGUACCUCCAACAACGACGUCAAGUGUAUCGUCGCUGAACAACCAUGAUUCUUCUAACGUUCCAACGACAACGAUUGCGACGUUACUUAGCUCAACGAAUCAUUCAAGUGCUACUCCUCAUUCCGUUUCCACUAGUCCUGGAAAUACUGACACGAGUUACAAUGACUAUGACUUAACAGGUAUUAAUUCUACAACUGAAACUCCAGUAUUAACAGAUGCGCAAAUUGGAAAAUUAGCGCAAUGUUCCAUUCGGUUGAUUGAGCGGAUGCCGCAACUGGAGCCAAAACUUACGCAAAAUAAGAAAAAAAUUAGUCGGGAGUUGUUGGAUGUAAUGCAAUUACCGGUGGGUUCACCGCAACGACUCCAAGAAUACCGUAAAUAUUCAGCAAUUUACGGGAGGUUUGAUGCCAAACGGAAGCCGGAUAAGCCUUUAACGUUGCAUGAAGUAUCUGUAAACGAAGCUGCAGCCCAGCUGUGUCUCCGGCAACCGGCGCUUCUAACGCGAAGAGAUGAACUUUUUCCACUUGCCAGGCAGGUGGUUAAAGAUGCGGGUUAUAAUUAUGUAAAAGGUUUAAAGAAAAGCGAUUCGGAAAUUCGAAAAAGAUUAACUUUGCCAUCGGAUAAUUAUACAAGUGAACCGUCUCAAUCACCGAGAAGUUCAGUUUCUGACGGGUUAGUCAGCUUUUCUUCUUCGGCUCUGUUUCUUUCAGAAUUGUUGAUCUUAAGUCCUCCUCCAACUGAAGAAUAUACGCCAGAUUCUGGCGGUGAAGUCGUCAGCUCAGUAACCAGCGAAGUGGGAAACAGUAGAAAACGACGUCAUCAAGAUUCGUUAACCGAAAAUACGGGCGAUUCAAAUUCUUCACUGUUGCUAACAGAUCGUUGGGGACCAGCGAAAAAAGCUUCCGAUUGUUCACUUGACGAUAAUUCCUGA